UAAAUAGUAAGACCACUGGGUGGGAAGCUUCCAGUCUUGAUUUUGUUCUCGUCCACGCGAAACAGCCCGGCGAAAAGGUAGAACUCACCUGGCGUGUGCAUGUGCGUUUUACUUGUGCCAAGUGAUCAAGGUGCAUAGAGGCUGCAGACACUUAAAGAUAGCCGGAAUUUUAAUAAAGAACCCUCUCAAGGACUGCUAGUUUGUAAUUAUAACUGGUUUAGUUUUUACUUUGGUGGUAAAUCGUUUCGUGAGUGAAAUUUUUAAUAUCAAACAUGAAGAUCCCAUUUUUGGCUAUUUUCAUUUGCGUCUUCGUGGAGACAAUUAUUUGUGCAUCAAUUGCCGAGCAUCCAUCUGGUGGUUCCUCAACACGGCUAGGCUAUGAACAGGAUGGUGCAGCUUCAUCGAAAUCCUCGGCGAUUGCAUCUCUUGGAAGUGGAAGGAUACCACGUCAAUCUCGAUGCAUUCGCUGCUCGUACUCGUACGACGACAGGUAUAGCAGUUAUGGCUCUAGGGGCUAUCCAGAUGACUAUUACGGUCGGCAAUAUGGAAGCAUGCGAAAUUACUAUGAUGGAGGAGCUACCAGUCGAGGUGGCUACGAUGAUCGAAAUUGGUACUAUUACACCGAUAGAUACGAUGACAGACUAAGCAGAUACCCGGACAGAUAUGGAAGCAGUGCACUGAACGUGAUAGAUUCCAACGCACCAAGGAAGUACGAUGACCGAUAUGCUAGCCGUACCUACGACCGCUACGAUAUCCCUUAUGGUUACAACGAUCGAAGUGAUUACCGAACCUACUACAACGACUACCGUGGCAAUGGAUACGAUAACCGGGACUACUAUCGGGGAGACACUGGAUAUUAUAGAGACCGAUUCUACGACCGGUAUCGAGGAGGAUACGGAGGCUAUGAGGGACGAUACAAUGACCGUGAUGUCUACGACAGAUACUACAGCAAAGGAUCAUUCGAUUAUCGGAACUACCGCCCUUGGGACGAGACCUACAGUGGCGAGUCGGGUUUUGAUAAUUCCGGUAGAGGAUAUUACUUUGCCGGUCGUCCGAAUAAUUCACCCCCGCCAUCAUAUUCGUCCUCUCACUAUAGACCAGCACCUCCACCACCGUCAUACUCAUAUCACGAUGAUGAACGCAACUCACCUCCACGGCCAUCACGUCCUUAUUCACCGCACGCACCAUCACGACCCCUUCAUAACGACUCGCCGAAUUCGUCGGGAUCGUCUUCAGGAGCACCGGGAGAUUCAUCAUCACCUUCAUCAUCACAACCAUCAGCCGGGUCAUCGUCGUCAAGUGCAUCAGGACCAGCCGGGUCAUCAUCAUCUUCGUCACAUCGUUACCCAUAUAAUGAUAGGCCAAGUCGGCCAGAGGAUGACUCAAAGAGAGGCUAUGCCGGCGGUUGGAAUUAUUUAGAUGAUAGAGACAAAGAUUCAGGGUACCAUGAUAGUGGCCGUGACCGAGAUAGGGAACGAGACCAAAAUCGUGAUAGGGAAAUGGGUGGGGGUCGAGACAAGGACUCACAGAGCACUGCGUACGGCCCGCGUCCACGGCCUCUAGGUGGUGCCUACCUUUUGGAUCGCGACACCAACACCCCCGUUGCAGUUAAUGGCGGCAAUAAAGACAGCAAAAUGGAGGACCAGCCAAAAGUAUCCGCAGUAGAAGCUAACGACGGUGGAAGUACUGGAAAUAGUGGUAGCAGCAGUAGCAGCAUGAGCAGUUCCUCAGACGACAGCAACAAAAAUUGAAAAUAGCAACCUCCUGGCAACAUGAACACUAAUGACCGGAUCAUUGAAAAUGUUUCAGGACCCAAAGGAUAACGGACAAAAAACACACCUACCUACGUACUAUGUCUACCGUUCCUAUUUCUUCUUAUUUAAACGAAUUUUGUGUUUCUUGUAGUAUUUUAUUUAUGAUCUUUGAUUUCUGUAGUAUGAACAUAGUGGAUAACAGAGGCAUUUAUUAGUGUUUAAGUUAUUGCAAUAUGAUUUUGUACAUCUGUCAAAGGAAAAUGUAAGAUUGAGUUUUUCAUUGCAAUAAAGGAUUGAAA